CCCAGGCUGCCGCCGUUUGAGUUCCGCGGCGCGCGCGCGCAGUGGCUGCCCGGAGGCUGAGCCUCAUUUCUGUCCGGCCCCCUCCCCCCUCCACCCGGCAGAGAAAGACGGUUAGCGGAGACAUGGCGGCUGCGAACCCUUGGGUCCCGGAGACCUCCCCAACCGCCGCGGGGCUGCUGUUGGCCGAAUGCUUAUCCUCGGGGCUCGUCACUCAGGAGAUACUAGAUUCAUGUAAGAACCCUGCUCCAUUUUUUGUAAACUUCUCCAGAAUCAAGCAGAUUAAAGAUAUGCAAGCUGAAAUCAGAGAGAAGACCUUAGAACUUGACCUUUUAACACUAGAAAAGGAUACAGCAGAUGUCGUUCACCCUUUCUUUCUAGCUCAAAAGUGUGAGACUCUGCAGAGCAUGAAUCAGCACUUGGAGACUGUGCUGAAGGAGAAGAGGGCCCUCCGACAUAGACUGAUGAAGCCCGCGUGCCAGGAGAACUUGCCUAUAGAAGCCAUUUACCACAGGUAUGUGGUACAAUUGCUGGAGCUGGCAGUGACUUUCAUUGAGAAACUAGAAGCCCAUAUUGAGGCCAUACGAAACAUUCCUUGUUUAGACUCUAGUGUGAAAAAUAUGGAUAGGGCUUUGACAAAAAUGAGUGUCUUGGAGGGAGAGACAGAAGAACUAAUAGAAAAUAUACUGAAGUGGAAGGAGCAACAAAAGGAAAUUUCUUCUUCUAUCAACAAAAUAUUUUCUGGAGAUCUCUUCAGAAAAAGCAUGAGACUGUAAUUCCCCUUCUACCUUUCUGGUGCAGAGCUCAGGGCCAGCUGAUUCUUGAUACCAACUGACCACCAGCUACUUUAGUUUUCUUUGCCUGUGUGUAUGACUGAUACCCAUUUGUAAUUGACUGUAAUGGGAGCGUUUCUAGGCUUUCUUGCUUAGGUUGUACUCAUGAAACCUCUUUUUCUUAGUUUUAUUUUGGAUUGAUCGUGACCAGCGAUGAUUUUGCCUCAUUUUUUCAUGUGAGUGGCAGAAAAGGUAUUAACAUGAAGGAGAGUGCAUUUCAUUCUCACUGACAGUACCUGGACAUGGCAAGACAGCACAUGCAUGCACACUUAUAUACAAGUUACCAUACUUACAGCAGACCAUCUGGAAUAGUAAAAGUCUUUACAAACCAAAAGCUCCAGAAUUAGGAAAGCUCUUUGAAUCUGACGUUGCCUGUCUUGCUUUUGGAUCUGUGUCCUGGGCAUCUGCAACCUCUUAGUCCCUGAGUAAGAAGAAGAAAGGCUGAGUAGGUUGGCAGUUGGCCCUGGCCGGUCUAAAGGGGUAAUCACCAAGGAAGAAAGGAACUGGAAACAAGUGAGACUAAGAGAAAAGGGACAAGAAAGAGGUGCAGAUGGUGGGAGGUGGCACCAAGAAUUGUUCUAGACUACAUGCAGUCCUACUAGUGCCAUAGCGGUCCUCUCAUAUUUUUGGUUCUCUUUUCUAUUAAAUAAAAAGGAAUUGAUAUGCUUCUGCAUUUCUGAUGUCUGCCUUUGUACCUCAGCAGCCGCUUACCCGUGCAUGCAGAAGAUUCCGUUUAUAAAUAUGGUAACUUUAUGUAGGCUCACAUUGCCUCCUUGUAGCAGGUAACUUUACUACACAAUGUAAAGUAUGAAGUAAUUAGCAAUUGAACCCAAUUACUUUUUUGAAAAAUUUUCUUGGUAAAUUAAUGAGCAGUCACAUGUUGAAAUCUAAUGGUUUUUAUCAUAAUUAUUUCUGUUGUUAGUCAUCUUAAAACUGCCAACUGGAUGGAACUGCCUGUAACUUGUGGGUAGCUGGAGCCAAACAGAGCAGGCUAGAGACAGGAGAGUCAGAGAUCAAACAGAAGUUUAAUUUCUAAGUGAGAGAAAUUGCUUGCAAGCAAGGAGAGGAUUUAGACACAUAUGCUGAGGCCCCACCCCUGGUGGGGUUACCCGAAGCAGUGUAGGAAGAUCUCAAUACUUAUACCAGUGGCUAAGCAAUGAGCUAUAGCCCUGACAGUGAGGGAUAAUGGAGUAAUGAGACAAGUGAUUCAUAGCAGAGCUUCGUGACUGGAAUAUGGGUACCUGUCCGAGCCCAGAGAAUAUCUCUUACUGGUCAAAGCAAUACAAUAAUUACAUGAUUUUGCCAGAGGGUGAAUGCAAAGGAUGGUUGCUAUGUCAGGCUCAGCAUUACAGCCUACCUCCUGGACCUUAGCUCUGGGAAACAGGGUGUCCUCUAAUAUCUUGACAAAACAAAACCCAUUAUUUCCAGAAAUACCCUAACAUCAGUCUUUGUCUCUAUCAUACUAUCAGGAUUUUUCUACAUGUGAUUGAGAUUUAUUGUGUUAGCUGAUUUUUAUGUCUGUCCUUUGCAUA